GGUAUAGCUCGUAUAGGUAAGUACUCCAUAGAAGAUUGAAACAUUGAAACCCACUCUCGAUGAAACUCAUUCUCCUUAUGUAGAAGGUAAAGAUAUUCCGAGCUAUUAUUGUUUUGUGCCGCAUUUAGAAAAUUGUCUAUGUAGAAGGCUGAGUACGUGGAGCCUUAUGUGUAAGAUAUAAUUUGGCGUUAUCUGUCAUAUUAAAGCUCAUUACCCCCUUUGCACUUUCCCUUUUCGUUACAUUUACACACUUUCACUCGUUCGAUUCUCAUUGAGUGUUACAAUUGGAAUAUUCCCAAAGGAAGGCAGAUAGGGAAGUAGUAUGUGAGACCUUUCCAAUUCCAAAUUGCUCAAUUCGAAUUCGAACUUCGACAAGAGAGAAGUAGGAGAGAGGCAGAAGCGCAAUUACUUCAAGAGAGGGGACACGACUAUCAACUUUGACGAACGACAACAACAGGCUGAGGAAUUUGAAUUCGACGAGAGACGAGGACGCUCGAGAAAUAGGGUUCGAAGUCGUGUGGUAGAAGGUCUGGGUGAGAGUAGUGAAGGGGUACUUAGAGGAGGGGAUCUUGAUUUUGCAGGAUACUUUGAAAGCAAAGCAGAUAUGGCUUCAUGGAGCGGGCAGCCGGCUAUCAAGGGGAGUACGGAGCAGAUGCGAAUGGCAAUGUUGACUUUUUCUUUGGUUGGAUUGCAAUUUACUUGGGGUAUUGAAAUGACCUAUUGUACACCAUAUCUACUUUCACUCGGUCUCACGAAAUCGAAGACUUCUUUAGUAUGGAUUGCGGGACCUUUAUCUGGGUUGAUCAUGGCACCGCUUGUGGGGGCAAUGGCAGAUCGAUCGCGUUCAAAAUGGGGUAGAAGAAGGCCAUAUAUGGUGGGGGCUUCUAUACUUGUCGCAUUAUGCUUAUUGGUGCUGGGGUGGACAAAAGAAAUCGUAUCUCAUUUUGUGGAAGAAGGGGACUUUAAUAAGACUUGUACAAUAUUUUUGGCAGUGUUGGCAAUUUAUGCGGUGGAUUUUGCUAUCAAUGCCGUUCAAUGGAGUUGUCGAAGUCUAAUCGUGGAUACUCUUCCUAUACAAAAGCAACAAGCAGGGUCAGCAUGGGCUAGCAGAAUGGCCGCUAUGGGGCACUUGGUCGGUUAUGCUAUUGGUACUGUCGAUCUUGUCGCUUGGUUUGGCCCCUCAAUGGGUGACACGCAAUUCAAGAAGCUCAUUCUGAUUGCGGCGUUUGCGCUCAUAUUUUGUGUGUGUGUCACUUCGUGGGCAGUAACGGAGCGUGUUUUGAUAUCCAGCAAAGAUUCUGACUCUCAAUCUGGAUUGCUCAAAAUCACUCGACAAAUAUAUAGAACAACAAUGACCGUUCCACCAAAGAUUCAGGCCAUCUUAUGGUGUCAAUUUUGGAGCUGGAUUGGAUGGUUUCCAUUCCUAUUCUAUGGUACCACAUUUGUUGGAGAAACAUACUUCAGGUAUGAUGCUCCGCAUGAGAUCAAAGAAUCCAAAGAUGCUCUUGGAGAUAUUGGAAGAAUUGGAAGCAUGUCCCUUGUUGUAUUCUCAUUUGUGUCAUCUUUUGGAUCAUUCCUUCUACCUCUAUUGAUCAAAUCGCCUGAUGAGGACAAGUUCACUCAGCGACCACCAGCAAGUAUUGCUCGAUUUGUUCAAGCAUACAACAAAUACAAGCCAGAUCUUCUUGGAGCUUGGUUUUUUGGGCAUUUGAUGUUUUCAUCGGCUAUGUUUUUAGCACCCUUUGCAUCUUCAUUCCGAUUCGCAACUUCGUUAAUUGCAUUCUGUGGAUUGCCAUGGUCUGUCGCAUCUUGGGCACCGUAUGCAUUCCUUGGUGUCGAGGUAAACAAGAUGAGCGGACUCCCAUCUUAUAGCCGCCUUUCCGCCACUGACCGUGAUAUCGAGCUCGAGUCACCCACUGCUCCUCCAUCACCCUCCCUACUCCGUCUCGAACAUGGCCCAACUGGAGAAAAGGAAGACGUUGCGUCUACUGGUGAACUCUCUGGAAUCUACUUUGGAAUUCUUAACAUCUACACUACCAUUCCACAAUUUAUUGGAACUUUCAUUAGUAUGAUUGUUUUCAGUAUAUUGGAGCCAGGUAAAAGUCCAGAGUUGGCUCAAAAUGCAAAGGAAGGAGAACAUCAUGGAACAGAAGGUCCAAAUGCUAUUAGUAUUUGUUUGUUCAUUGGUGCAAUUAGUACUAUUGGGGCUGCUUAUGCAACUAAAAAGUUAAGAGAUUUGCAGUAGGAGUGUUGGUAGUAUUUACGGGCCUGCGAUUGUAAGAUAAUGGUGGGAUUCAUUUGUACGGCGAUUGAUAUUCGAAUUUGUGGGUAGCAUUGCAUGGCGUUUUGGGUGAAUAUUACAUGUGUGAGGUAGCUUGAAGUUUGUUGUGCCUUUUCCUUUUGGCAAGGUGUUGGGAAUAGAUCGGGACGGAUGGAUGGAUACUGGAAUGGACGGUAUAAAAUAUGUCUAUUUCUUUUGUGGAUUGCUAAACUACUCUAGAUAGAUAGCCAGAUGGAAUUAUAUGCAUCACUGCUUUUCA